GUCUCCCAUGUAGGGCGCCCUGGACCCCCUGGAGAUGAUGGCAUUUCUGGCUUGCCUGGAAUACCUGGAGAACGGGGAUCAAUGGGAGAGGAUGGACUACCUGGUUUACCCGGCAUAAAGGGAGCAAAAGGAGAACCCAACCUACUUGUCCGGGGGCCGAAGGGCUUUGCUGGAGAGCCUGGCCUGCCUGGACUUAUAGGCCGCCGCGGAGCUAAGGGGAUUGACGGAAUGCCUGGCUUACCUGGUCUUCCUGGAAUGAAAGGUGUUAGUGGUCUUCCUGGAGAAUCUGGACUACCUGGACUUGAUGGUGUGGAAGGCUUGCCAGGGCUAGAUGGAGACCCAGGAUUUUCUGGACUUCCGGGAAGGCAAGGUUUACCAGGGGAAGAUGGUCCACGAGGACUUCCAGGACAAAAGGGCCUGAUUGGAGAAAUUGGGUAUCCCGGUCUCAAAGGGACUACGGGUCGGAAGGGUAUAAAGGGUGCGACAGGACCAAGAACGCCUUUCAACAAUUUCGAGCUUCUUAAAGGCAGCCCUGGUGACACAUUUUUUCCAGGACUUCGUGGAUUACCUGGUGAUCCUGGACUACCAGGUAUUGAUGGCUUCCCAGGCCUGCCUGGACGCAAAGGAGAAGCCGGUGAGCCCGGUUUCUAUGGCCUUGUAGGAGAGUCGGGUAGGCCGGGACUUGCCGGCGGACGAGGGAGAAGCGGCACACCUGGUUUUCCUGGGGAACCUGGUCGAGUGGGAGUACCAGGUGUUCCUGGUGCACCUGGCACUGGGCCCGGCAUAUUCUUUACAAGACACAGUCAGACUACUUCACCACCCGACUGCCCCAUCGGCACCACCAAGAUGUGGGACGGGUACUCCCUCCUGUACGUCGUUGGCAACGGACGCGCUCACGGUCAAGAUCUGGGUGAUGCGGGUAGCUGUUUGCGCCGCUUCCAUACGAUGCCGUUUAUGUUCUGCAACAUCAACAACGUGUGCAAUUUCGCUUCGCGCUCCGAUUACAGUUACUGGCUGUCCACGCCAGAGCCAAUGACUGCCAUGAUGGACCCGGUUUCCGGUGACAGGAUUCGCCCGUACAUCAGCCGUUGUGCUGUCUGUGAUACACCCUCACCGAUCAUCGCAGUCCACAGCCAGACGAUGGUGAUUCCAGACUGCCCAGAGGGAUGGAGUGGUGUGUGGAUAGGCUGGAGCUUCGUGCUGAGCACCGGCUCUGGCACCAGCGGCACAGGACAAGGUCUGCAAUCCCCAGGCUCCUGUCUGGAAGACUUCAGAACAUCCCCGUUCAUUGAGUGUCACGGGCGAGGCACAUGCAACUACUAUGCCACGUCGGCAAGCUUCUGGAUGACAACCAUCGAAAGAGCCGACCAGUUCAGACGACCUUUGUCAGAAACUCUCAAAGCUGGCGAUCUGAGGAGACGUAUCAGCAGGUGUCAGGUGUGCAUCAAAGACUUCGGAACAGGCCCAGCGUUCUUUAGGAUGGUGAAGUGAGCGCCAGCCGCCAUGUCAGGGUCAACAUCACAGAGUCCGCGCGGGCAAGAGGGAUAAUCCGUGAUGCAGCAGUUAUUAUCUACACGAAGAGCGCUUCAAAUUUCCACCGCCACUUGUCAGUAACACUAAUUCUACACAUGAGAAGCAGCAAUAACUUCUUUCAGGGUCUCGGGAGGGGCGGUAAGUUGUGGGAAGGGGGAGGGAAUCGUGUGUAUAUAUGUAUAGGAGAUUACUGCUUGUUUCUAUACCGCGGAAGUAUGUAUUUGUUUAGUAUGAGACGUAUGAUGCAUCCUUAAAUUAGCUGCCAUGUUCAAGUCCAUACAGUUAACCCUGGAUGUUUUUUUUUGUUUUGACUGUCUAUUUUUGGCUUACUGCGUUAUUUCAAGUGGUGCUACGUGUUUCUUUUACUUAAUGGGUUAUUAUUAUUACUAUUAAUACUAUUUUUUGUACCUGAUUCCGUGUUUUAGGCAUCAUUCAAAAUUUUUGUGCUCACGGACCUUGUGUAUCAUGAUGAAUAUACCAAGAAUACAGUUGAUUUUCAACGUGCA